GUUGCGAUCGAGUCACUGAGUUAAUCGUGCUGAUAACAUAUCCUUAAGAUAAUGCGCUUAUAAAAUAAUUUGUUAUCUCCGUACUAGUAGUAGUGAUUGUUUGAUUCUUGUCUCUUACAGAUUUGAAAAUGGUGCAGCAAGAUUUGACUUAGGUGUUGGGGACGGUGUUACAUGAGCCAGUGACGGUGGGUGAUGGAUGUAGGGAGCUCCAGGGUGUGAGUUGUGGUCGAGACAGGCUGACCUAGUGCUAGUGCAGUGUUGUGUAGUGUCUAGUCAUAGUGUGAGUGGCUGUUGAGCCGGGAUGCCAUCCGUGAUGUUGUCCGCAGUGCUAGAAGAGGAGCCCGACCUGUAUGAGGCAUUCCCUCCUCAUGUUGACCCCUCCGGUAUCACCAUUUUAACUGAUAGUCCACCAGGCAAGAAGGCACCGCUCAAGACCUUCGAGGAACUCCAACCCCUCAUCCAGCAGGCGAGGAAGCGUGAACUCAAGCUCCUCAUAAGAGAGAACUCCUGGCCGAUCAACAGCCCGAUCCGCGCCUCCCUCUGGCCGGCCCUCUGCCGACAGCAUCAACAUGGCAAAUCCAUGCUUGACGGAUUCUACUGGGACAUGGUUACGCAGGUUUUCGGUACAGUUGAGCUACCGGACAAGCCAAUCAUGCUCCCGCCGUUCGUGGAGGCGACUCACUGUCUCGGCUACCAUCUGACUCGCAAGGGCCGGGCGGUCGCCGACAGGGUCGUCUCCGUGCUCGGCUACGCCUGUCCCGAUAUCACGUACAGCCCCAGUCUCUACCCCAUCACCGCCGCCUUACUACAUUUCAUGCCUGAGGAAGAAUGCUACCACUGCAUGGCAAGCUUGGUCGCGUCGAAGGAGAAGAUGUUCAUCACGCAAACCAAGCUCCUCAACGAAGUCACGUGGAAGACUGUUAUGCAGAUAGCCAAGAAGCAUGCCAAGUCGGCCGCGCAGCACCUGUCGCGACUGUCCGGCGCGAUCGGUCCUGAGCGUAUCUACGCAGACUGGCAGUGGUGGAUACUCGCUGCGCUACCCUUCCCUCAUCUAGUACGAGUGCUCGAUUGCUUUUUCCAUGAAGGAAUUAAGGUUUUCUACAGGGUAGCUCUCGCGAUCCUGAUUCUGUUUCACAAACACUCGACCAACCAGAAUUCAGAAUGGUACGCUGAAGCCACCAAGAAUGGAGUCGAUCACGCUGUCGACAAAUUUUGCAGAAAUAUGCCUGCAUCUCCCACCAAACUCUUAAGAACAGCUUUUAGUAUAAGAGCGCUAAGCUCACAGUACAUAUCGCGAGUGUUCAUCAAGACAGAGAUGACGCUCAAGUCGAAGCAAGUGAUAACAGGGUCACGUCUCGUGAAAUCCCGGUCUUCCGACAACCUUCCCACCAGCCAGUCGCAGGUCAACAUCCAGAUGAUGUCUCACACCCUCACAAUACGCGAGAGAAUGUCUGAGGAAACGUGCAAACAGAUGUUGUUCACGCUAUGGUCGUGGCUACCGGUAAGGAUAACGAUGUAUCAGCCGGUGUUGCUCUACACUACAGAGGAACACGGAUGUUCGUUGACGACCUUCUACGUGAGGGUCGAACAUCACGAACCUACGUUGCUUAUGAUAAAGACUUGCAAUAAUGAGGUAUUCGGAGCGUAUUGUUCGACUCGGUGGUUCGAACGAAAUCAAAAGGACGAAAGGGGUAAUAGACAAGCUUACUUCGGUACCGGAGAGACAUUCCUCUUUAGCCUUUACCCGGAACGAGCCAAGUACCCCUGGGUGGGUUGCUCCAUCGGUGCCGAUGGCAAGGGCGAGGAAAAAGUCUCCCACGCCUCCGAGCUCUUCAUGGCCGCCGACUCCAAGAUGAUCACCAUCGGAGGGGGCGAAGGUCAAGCGAUUUGGAUGGACGAGAACAUUCGUUUCGGUAAAACGGAUCGCUGUUCAACAUUUAACAACCCGCCUCUCUGCCCGAGCGGAGACUUCGAGAUACGAGUGUUAGAGGUGUACGGCUUCUCCGGGGCCUAGGUCGAUAUCGGUAUUUCGAUACAUCGAUAUCGAUACUCCCGCCGGACGAUAAGGAGUGGUGUAAUCUCGAUGUGUGCUGUAUAUGAUUGCUCCCGUUUAUCGAUUUCUCCCUCGUGUUUCGAAUAAAUUAUCAUCGAAUGCAACGAGUUAUUGAAAAAGUAUUAUUUGAUUGGGCUAUUUAUUCAAUACUGGCUGUAUACGCUUGGCAAUACUUCGCUUUGUUUACGGAAUAGUGCAUGCGAUAUUCGGUUUUACGUUAACAUUUAAAAGUAUGUAAUAGCACGCACUGUUUCGACUGAAGUGUCGCUAGUGUAUUAAUGGUAGCAAUUUAAAAAAAAAAUAUUUUUUUAAUACGUAAAAAUCAUAGUAAUCGUCGUACGUUGUUUCGAAAUGUAAUAAAAUUUUGUAUCUGCUAGAUAUUUGUGAGUCGUUUUCGAUAAUAUUUCAUGUCAUCGUGAACAAAUGUGUGAUUCGUUGUAGCCCCUCGCCGUCUCAACGGACUGUGUAUUCGUAUUCCUAUAUUUAUUCUACGUGUGACCCCGUAGUUGAAAAUUAACACAGCUGUCCGAUCAAGACAACGAAUCGGGGAAUUUAGGUUGUUUCGUGUUUGAUAUAAUUAAUCUAUAUAUAGUUGUAUGUCUGCGAGUACAAAUGAAUAUGUCGUAUGUAUCAACUCGGUAAAUACGCUUAUGUAAAGCAAUAUUCGUAGGGCAUAGCCGUGGUGUUUGUUUCUAUCGAGGUGAACAUUCCAGUGAAGCGUUGGGUUCGGAUAACUCGGCCGUGAAAUAGAGGAAACUGGAUCUUAAUGCAAUGAAAGCAAGGUUCGUAAUCGAUUGGCAACGACAGUAUUUUGUAUCGUUUAGUGGAUUUAUAUUAUCGCUUUAGGCUUGUCUUUAAUGUACUCAAACCGUUAUCACUUGUCUUUGCUCACAAAAUGUACCAAAGAUGUUAAACGUAGUUAUUUUGUAGACAAAUGUUUGAUCCCCAGCCUUUUACAUUAAAUACUGCCUAACAAAAUUGUCUAUGCUACUAUUUAUUAUCUGUAUCGCUUAAUAUACACAAUUUUGGAGGGUAGUUGGAAUGGAAGUGCUUUAAAGAUGAAACUAAAAGUUCAAAUGAUCGGAGAGAUUUUACCGGUCGAAGCAUAUCGCAUCAGUGAUACAUAUCGUCUUAAAUAGGUGUAUCGAAACUGUAAGCAAUUACGGAAACUAGAACUUGAGUAAUAUCUCCAUAGUUGCGUACAGUUUUUUAAAGCGUUCGUAUACCCAGAUGUUAGCGUUACAAACAUUUGCCUACAAAGGUUAUUCAAAGUUCUAGAAUAAAAAAAAAAUUAAUAUGAAGUUUUAUAAUGUUUAAAUAUCUUCAAAAAUAAACAUGAAGUUACAAUUUUAUCAUAAUCUGUUAAAUAAAUGCUUAUUAUAUUACGUCGAACAAAGGUUGCCAGAUAUGUGAAUUACGGCGACCCCAUCACACCAGUAGACACUGCCAGUCCAUGCGUGAUAUAGUAUUAUUUACAAGUAAAUUUGAAGGAAAUGUGCCAAAAAUGGACCAUUUGAAAUCAAAUAUGGCUGGAAUGGUAUUGUCUAUGGACGUUCGCUUCAAUAUGUGUAUGUAACUAUUUACACAGUCGAUGUCUAGUUGGUAGAUUUCAUAUUUUGAUGAGUGUGUAUUGAGAAAGGUUCUUGGCAAGAUCUACGUGAUUGUGAUGUGGAUUGAAGUUUAAAAAUUUAAAAUAAAUAUUACGUUCAUGUUUAAAACAUAAAUGUUCUCUCGCUGCGUAACACGGCCCUAGCUUUGGGGCCGCUUGCGUUUAUUUCGCCUAUUGUUUUGCUACGUCUAUGUAAAUAUUUAUUUUAUUGUCUCUGCACAUUUAAGUUGUCUAUGUUUUUUUUUCUUUUAAGCCUUAUUUACAUAGAUACAUUAAAAUAAGUAAGAUUUUUUUAUUUUUUAUGUUAUUUUUUGUGUAUUAUAAUGAGAUGUAAUGUGUAGAGACGUUCGAACGUAGUGAAACUUGGAAUUGCCACGGUACUACGACAUGUUUUCUGAAGCCUAAGACUUGUUUUAAAUUCAGAUUAUUUAUAUAAUUUAUUAAAUUAGGUAAAAAUAUAACGUUUGUAAUGUAUAUUAUUGAUUUGCCUCCGUGGACGGUGGUCAAGAAAGGUCACAUGUUAAGUUUUAAGGAAAUAAUAAUAUUAAUUGUUCGCUCAGUUGUUUGGGUGACGCCGGCAACACAAAUAUUUUUAAACGCAACUCCGCACGCCAAUUGUAAACGACACAGAUUAUAAAGCGCGAAAAAGUAUCUGUGUUGCCAGCUUAGUACUGACCGUGAGAAACGCGCUAGCGUUGUUGCUGUUAGCAAUUUAUGGUUGAUCAGUGUAAAGUCUAGUCUUUAUUCUGUUUUUUAUUCUUUAUCGAUAUAAUAUCUAUAUAUUAAUGAAUUGAUAUUUGAAUAUGUGCGGUUUCGCCCCCAGGGGCUCGUAGGCUCGUGGUUAGAUAGUGUUUAAGUACAUUUAAUGUAAAGAAUAUACAGUUAUUAAUCUCUGUUCUCCUGUCAGUAUUUGUGGUGUAUGUUUUUUUUAUGAGGAUCGAAUGCGAUAUGACAAGAGUGACGGCUCGCAUGCUUGUGUUGUCGUGAAUGAAUGCCGGAUGCUUUGUUUUGUUAAUGUACUGUUACAUUCGAAUAAAUAUUCACCGUCCGAGCGACGGUGUGAACUCUUUUAUGGUAAUGUAAAUGUUGCUUUAUAAUGUCUACAAAAAAAAUAUAUAAUCCCAUAUAAA